CUGAUUUGAAAAUGUUCGGAAAAAAGCAAACUAAUGUAAAAAAGUAUGCAGUAACAUGACUACUAUGACGAUUUGUGAUCUCGCAUUGCAAUUAUUAUGUGUUAAAUGUAUGCAUACAAGCGCAUUCAGGAAUGACGUAGUAGCUUGAAGAAGAAAAAUAAACGAUAUUAGAGAAAACGUUAAAAUUGAAUUGCAUUAAUAGGUAAAUAAAGAGUAUUUUCUAAUAGUUAUAUUUCUCUCUCUCUCUAUCUCUCUGUUUGAAAACUAAUAGAGCAAAACUGCUACCAAUUGAGUUUGUAUGUUUUAUAAACUCAUGCACGGUGUGCAUGCGCAGGUAUAUACCCAACAAAUACACAUUAUAUAUACAUGCACAUAAAUACAUAGUUAGGAAUAAAUGUGUAAAAUAUACGUAUAUAGAGAAACAUCCCCUCUCUAGCAUUUUCUCCCCCUCUCUAGCAUCCCUCUCAAGCGUCCAGCAUUCGUAGUUCGGAAACGGAAAAGAAGGAACCUCUUCGGGCCAUCGUAGUCUCAUACGUUGUUGAAAAGUCUCUUUUACUCGUUGUCACGCGCUAAAAAUACUUUUCUACGACCGUUCGAGGGUAUAACAUGCCGAAAGAAAAGAAAAAUUAGGUCGAUAAAAGUGAUAACAAAUAUUAUCCUAGAAUUGUCAUGGAACAGCUAGGAAAAAUCGCGGAUUAUUUACGCGGGUUGAAAAGUUCGCUUUCAUCAUCAUCAUCAUCAGCUGUAACAACUGCAACAACAGAAACUACAAUAGCAGAAACAGCAACACCACCACUAAUACCAUCAUCAUCAUCGUCAACACCAGCAAUUACACCAAUACCAACAUCACAGCCAAAAGCAGAUUCACCAACAACACCAGCAAUAAUUGCAACAGCAACAUCGUCAUCGCCGUUGUCCUGCGAUGUAACAAAGAUGAGCCACGAGGCCGAUUCUUCAAGGAAUUUGGCUGUCCUUCUAGAGAAAAAAAAUGACCAAGAGUUUCGUAAUAAUGUUAACGAUAUUGAGACUCUGAAUAAAUUCUUUAGAAUUUUGGAGAAUAUCAUACUAUGGGAAAACCCUUAUAACAGUUUAUAUACAGUGGGUGUUUAUAGUAUAAUCUUUUGGGGGAUAAUUUUCCUAGACAUCCGAAUUUUUGCAGCGGCCAGCAUCAUUGCACUUUUUAUGGUUCUGGGUUUUAAAAAUCUGGAAACGCUGACACAAGAAGAGAACAAGGGAGAAUUAGUAUCACAACCCAAAGCUGAACAGAUUGAAAAAAUAGGAAGACAAAUAAAAUACUUAUUCCGGAGCAUACAGCAAUUGCGGGAAGAUCAGCCAGGGGUGUUUUGUGCCACUACUUGUAUCUUAUCCUUGACCCUAUGGAUAAUUGGGCGCACUGUGAGUGGAGUAUUUCUCGCCUAUAUAUUAGGUCUAAGCAUUCUAACAGUACCUGCAUUACUACUGAAGUUACCUGGAACAGUAAUAUCACAUAGAGAAUGGGAUAGCGAAGUAGAAGAAUUCUUACCUGCAGUAACUGAAGAUAGUCUUCAAGUAUUAAAAAUGGCAGGAGAAUCUGGUAAUCAUUCUCCAACACCAUUGAACAAACAAUCAGAUAAUCAAAACGAAUUUUUUAACGAUGAUGAAUUCAAUUUUCUAAUGCCAUCUCACGAUGAGAACAGCAGUGAUGAAGUUGCCUCAGAAUUAGAACUUAGUGGCGAAGAGACAGAUAUAGGUGACAUUAAGUUCCAAAGCAAACAUUUUGAGAAAAGUUCAUCCUCGGAGGAAGAAAUAGAUAUUAGACAAGAAAUGCUGAAAAAAAAAUUUGAUCAAAGUGAUGAAAGUGAUAAUGAAUUUGUAAUUAUUGGCAAUGAGGAAAUUGCAGAUUUCAAAAAUCUAUGAAGAUAACUGAAACGUGGGUAUAUUUCUUUUAAAACUGUUACAUACAUGCAAAAUAAGAUGGAAGAACAUAAUUAUGACUCGUAUAAGUAUUGGCUUGCUUCUAUUUUUUUUUUUAUAU